UCUCCGACCAUCACCACUGCACCUUUCCUCCUCAUCCUUGCCAGAUCCUCCUACGCGCUCUGGAUUCACAAGCAAUAGCUUCAGAAUGAAUCCAUCUCGCCCCCUGCAGCGAGCGAGCCGCAUAUUCAGCCGCCCGUCGGCCGUUCCGGCCCUGUCGCGGAGCUUCACCAGCUCCAUCCCGUCGCUAUCAUCCCUACCAGCUUCAUCGACGGCCCGACCUGCGCGAGGAUGGACGCCCACGCCGUUCAUCACCGAGACGGUGGGCGGAGGCUGGCACACAUAUGACAUCUUCUCCCGCCUCCUCAAAGAGCGCAUCAUCUGCCUGAACGGCGAAGUCGACGAAACCAUGUCCGCGUCCAUCGUCGCCCAACUCCUCUUCCUGGAAGCCGAUAACCCCCAAAAACCCAUUCACCUGUACAUCAACUCCCCCGGAGGAUCGGUCACGGCCGGCCUAGCAAUUUACGACACAAUGACCUACAUCGCCAGCCCGGUCUCGACGAUUUGCGUCGGCCAGGCCGCAUCCAUGGGCUCCCUGCUUCUGUGCGGCGGCCACCCGGGCAAACGGUACUGCCUGCCGCACUCGUCGAUCAUGAUCCACCAACCCUCCGGCGGAUACUUCGGGCAGGCCAGCGACAUCGCGAUCCACGCCAAGGAGAUCCUGCGCGUGCGCAGCCAGCUCAACAAGAUCUACCAGCGGCAUUUGACGGGCAAGAAGGUGCUGUCGCUGGAUGAGAUUGAGAAGCUCAUGGAGCGGGAUUACUUCAUGGGGGCGAAGGAGGCGUUGGAGAUGGGGAUUGUGGAUGAGAUUUUGGAUCGGAGGCCGGGCGUUAAGGAAGGUGGGGGUGGAGGUGGGGAGGCGAAGGGGACGGAUUCGGAUGGUGGGGAGGAGUAG